GUGCGUCUCCAUUUCAAAGAAGGAAUCUGUUGAACAACACUGCAUUUGCUCUAAAACCACAGUAUCAUCUCGGGUCCGUUGAGAUUCCGUAUCUGAAUAUUCGGCAUGAACUGUUACCUGAUCUUCUUCAUUCUCUACUUUCUCCCUUUCUGUGAACGGUUACGAUGGCCUAUAAAUUAGGAAGUUGAUUCAAUGAUGAAAUGCCACUCUUUUCGAGUGGAACAGAACCGGUGCAGAAAUAGUGGGAACGGUGGCAUUCGAUGUUGAAACGGCUCGUUCCAUCCUUUCCAGAGACGAUUGCUACAUUUGCAAUCCUUCUUGGUCUCUUAAAUUUCUUCUUUCGGGGAAUUGCUUGCUUAGUGCCAAAUGUAGAAUUUAUGAACCGUCAGUUUGCCAGCUAAAGUUUUCUACUCCAGGGUGACAAGUUUCUUUGGGGAGUCAGGACUCCUUCCAAUUGGAAGGAAUUGAAACCAGGAGUAAUUCCUCUUUAGACGCCGUCGUCCUUUGCCAGCGAAGCUUCUGUUUUCAUCUUUUCUUCUACGAAUUAUAUGAAGAGGAAGACGUAACUCUCUCUCUCUCUCUCUCUCUCUCUCUCUCUAACAAGGUUGGUUCUGCGCCUUCUGGCCUUCUCCCCUGUGCUUGUAAGGAUUUCUGCGUGAAACUUGAAGUUAGCAUGUCUGUUUCUGAUGGGGAUGAAUGAAGGAGAAAAGAUAUAUUCCGGUCACGGGAGGUGCUUAUUCUGUCUGGUUUCACACAUCAAGACGUUUAUGCCUGUUUUUCCCUCUCUCGGGGGGGCUUCUCUAUGUGCUCCUGAGAUGCCAAUCAGUUUUAAUCCAAAAUGGUCGAAGGUUUUGUUGUGUUUAUCUUCCGUUGAUUUAAUAUGAUUGUUCUGUCUCUCUUUUCCCCGGUGAAGAGUUCUUGAUCGUGUGAAGAGUUCUUGAUCGUUCUAUCUCCUUUUUUUGCUUUCGUCGUUGAAACGGUUUUCUCUUGAAGUUUGUGCCCUCGAUUUCGACGAUAGUCACGAUACAGAGUAAGGGCAGCGAUUUCUCUGUGCCUGUGGCCUUAUGAGGCCCUUUUUAAUGCAUGGGGCCAACCUGUUGGCUGUGACAGGUGCACCAAAUUUUGCCUGGCCAAGAUUCUGGAUUUUUUCACCAGUCAACGCUUCACUGCCAUAGUAUUCGUAUCAGCAGAUAGUAACGAAGUAUAAAAGUGGUCGAUCAACCAUUCAGCACAAAUGGCAGAAAGCGAUAUAUACACCGGAGAUGGGACUGUAGACAUCAAAGGAAAUCCUGCUAUCAAGAGUAAAACAGGAAAUUGGAAAACCUGCCCCUUCAUCCUUGGAAAUGAAUGCUCUGAGAGAUUGGCGUACUAUGGAAUGAGCACAAAUCUAGUGAACUAUUUGAUUGAUCGUCUUAAUCAGGGCAGUGCCCAAGCAGCUAAAAAUGUCACAAAUUGGUCGGGAACAUGCUACAUUGCUCCGCUGAUUGGAGCAUUCCUCGCCGAUGCCUACCUAGGAAGAUAUUGGGUUAUCGCUUCUUUCUCGUGCAUCUAUGUGUUGGGAAUGACAUUGUUGACUCUAUCUGCAUCAAUAGAUGGACUAAAGCCAACAUGCCAUGAUGGAAAAUGCCACGCAACCAGUGGGAAUGUAGCCAUGUUCUUCGUGGCUCUUUAUCUAAUUGCUUUGGGGACUGGUGGAAUCAAGCCAUGUGUCUCAUCAUUUGGAGCGGAUCAGUUUGAUGAAACUGAUGAGAAAGAAAAGAAAAGGAAGAGCUCCUUUUUCAAUUGGUUCUACUUUUCAAUCAAUAUCGGUGCCCUCGUUGCAUCCUCUGUGUUGGUCUACAUACAGGAAAAUGUAGGCUGGGGCUGGGGGUUUGGGAUUCCAGCAGUUAUGAUGGCACUUGCAAUUGUUUUUUUCUUCUCUGGUUCAAAGCUGUAUCGAAUCCAGAAGCCAGGAGGAAGCCCCUUGACACGGCUUGCCCAGGUUAUAGUUGCAUCGCUCAGGAAGUACAAUCUGAAGGUACCUACAGAUAAGGCUCUAUUAUAUGAAACCGAAGAUUCUGAAUCUGGGAUAAAAGGAAGUCGGAAGCUUGAUCAUACAAAAGAACUUUCAUUCUUUGACAAAGCAGCCGUUCAGACACAACAUGAUCAAGUCAAGGGAUUCUUUAAUCCAUGGCGACUAUGCACGGUGACACAGGUAGAGGAGCUCAAGUCUAUCAUCAGGAUUCUUCCCAUCUGGUCCAGUGGCAUCAUCUUCUCCACAGUAUACAGUCAGAUGUCUACCAUGUUUGUUGAACAAGGUGACAAAAUGGACCCCAGCAUUGGUCCACAUUUUAGCAUCCCUGCUGCAGCUCUGUCUAUAUUUGACACACUGAGUGUAAUUUUCUGGGUCCCAAUCUAUGAUCGUCUGAUUGUUCCACUGGUAAGAAAGUAUACAGGCCAUGAAAGAGGCUUUACUCAGCUCCAGCGAAUGGGAAUUGGCCUUGCCAUCUCCAUCUUCUCCAUGGUUGUCGCUGCCGUUGUUGAGAUAAUUAGGCUUGAUCGAGUAAAGAAGCACAACUACUAUGAUCUGAAGCACAUGCCAAUGUCCAUUUUCUGGCAAGUGCCUCAGUACUUCCUUAUUGGUGCUGCUGAGGUCUUCACAUUCGUUGGGCAGUUGGAAUUCUUCUACGAUCAAGCACCGGAUGCAAUGAGGAGCAUGUGCAGUGCCCUCUCUCUUAUGACGGUUGCCCUUGGAAACUAUUUGAGCUCUCUUCUCGUCACCAUAAUAAUCCAUGUGACCACUCGACAUGGAAAAUUGGGCUGGAUACCUAAUAAUCUCAACCAUGGCCAUCUUGAUUACUUCUUUUGGUUGCUUGCAGUAUUGAGUAUUCUGAACUUCUUGGUGUAUUUGUGUAUUGCAAGGUGGUACAAGUACAAGAAGACAACAGGCGGCUUUAGUUGAGUUCAUGUCUCAGGGACUAGAAGAACUACAAUAUCCAGCUUGUAUGUGAUGGAGUAUCAUGUCGUUCAGUUUUUCUUGGCAAAACUUAUCAAUAUUGGCGGUGCUUUUGAAACUUAAUUUAUGGCAUCACGUAUGCUUGUUUGCAAUCUGUAUAAAUGAAUGGACAUGGUUUCAUCAAUUUCUGUUUGUGUUUUUGGUCGUUUAAGCUCGAUGGAUUUGCAAUCUGUAUA